CCCUCCUGCAACAGUUGAAUCCUAUUCCCCGGCUCUCUCUUCGUUAGCCUCCUUCCUAUUCACUUUUUCUUGUUCUGCAAAAAUCAUGAUGCAAAAUACAAGCACAGGAACUGCCGAUACUCGUUUCUUGGGCAGCAUUUCGUCCUCAUCGAUCAGAAACCUUCUUCCUAGAUCAAUAUCUUCGAAGCGAAAAUCUUCCUCAAACCCUACAUUCCUCAAAUCUAACGCCGAAAACACUCCUCCCCUCGAUCCGAACAUCCAGAUCAAGAAGGAGGAUGAUCAAUUGUUGCCUGAAACAACCAAGCGAUUACAGUCCGAAAUCCCAACUUCUCAGAACGAAAUCGCCAAAUCGAAGGUCUCAAUUGAGCGUUCAGUCCCUCAGGACCCACCGGUGAAGGUUGUUGUACGGAUAAGACCCGCUAACAGCCACUCAAAAGAGGGAGAUCGGACCAUCAGGAAGGUUUCUUCUGAUUCUCUAUGUGUAGGGGCAAGGCAAUUCACUUUUGAUUCGAUUUUUGAUUGGAACUCCAAUCAGGAAGAUGUUUUUCAGACAAUUGGAGUUCCGUUGGUCAAGAAUGCUUUGGCUGGUUACAACACUACGCUUCUUUCAUACGGUCAGUCUGGAAGUGGAAAGACUUAUACAAUGUGGGGCCCCCCUAGUGCCAUGGUUGAAGAGCCCUCGCGUAUUAGUCACCAGGGAAUUGUUCCUCGGAUCUUCCACAUGUUAUUUUCGGAACUUCAAAGAGAGCAAAAUAUGCCUGAAGGCAAACAGUUCAACUAUCAAUGUCGCUGCUCUUUCCUGGAGAUAUACAACGAACAAAUUGGGGAUUUACUUGACCCAGCCCAGCGGAACCUUGAGGUGAAGGAUGACUCCAAGAAUGACUUGUAUGUUGAGAAUCUGACUGAGGAAUAUGUCACCACCUAUGAAGAUGUGACACAAAUUCUGAUCAAGGGCCUUUCAAGCAGAAAAGUUGGAGCAACAAGCGUAAAUUCUAAGAGCUCUAGAUCGCAUAUUAUUUUUACUUUUAUUAUCGAGUCUUGGUGCAAGGGAACCUCAUUAAAUGGUUUUAGUAGUUCAAAAACAAGCAGAAUUAGCCUUGUUGAUCUUGCUGGACUGGAUAAAAAUAAAGUUGAUGAGGCAGGCAGACAGAGUCUUAGGGAAAGCAAGAAUGUUAAAAAGUCCUUAUCUCAACUAGGGCACGUAGUGGAUGCUCUAGCUAAAGAAACUCAGUCCGGAAAGGCUGGAGACAUUCCAAAUGGAAGAUCCUGUUUGACUCGUUUGCUACAAGAAUCACUUGGCGGAAAUGCCAUGCUCUCAGUGAUCUGCUCCAUUUCCCCUCAUAGCAAGAGUAAUGGGGAGACUCUACGGACUCUCAGAUUUGGACAAAGAAUAAGAUCUAUAAGAAAUGAGCCGGUUAUCAAUGAAAUUAAGGAGGAUGAAGUUAAUGAUUUGAGUGAUCAAAUUCGACAACUGAAGGAAGAACUAAUUAGAGCUAAGGCUGAUGCCCAUGGCUUACCUGGGGGUAAAAAGGGGUACUUCCAGGGACAUAAUGUGCGGGAAAGCUUGAAUCAACUGAGGGUUAGCUUAAACCGCUCUCUACUUUUACCUCACAUAGAUAAUGAUGCUAAUGAAGAGGUAAAUGUGGGUGAGGAUGACAUAAAGCUAUUGCGCCAGCAAAUUGAUGAAUUGUAUAGUUCAUGUGAAGGAACUUUUAAAGACUUGUCAGCAAGUGAAGAUUGUGCCCAGUUUUAUUCUGUGGAUGAGAAUUGUGAAGAGGCCGACAUGACAAGUGGUGACGAAAUUGAAAAGGAUGAAGUAAAUUCUGAAAAAACAUUAAAAACUCUAGCAUCAACAGAUAAACUUGCUUGCACUGUUGACACGUCCAGAGCAAUUAAAUCUACAUUCAGAGAUAACAUUUCAGUCAGCUCUUGCCAUCAAUCACCAAUCCUUGAUGAACCAAUGUUGUCAGAGUCUCCAAAAAUAAAAGAUACCCAGAGGAAAAGCAUGGCAGUUUCAUCAAGUCGUCUUGGAAGCUGGAACAAGGUAGAGGCGAGGUCCAGUUUUACCAAUGAAGUGCUUGGCCAAUCAUCCGAGCAAGGUGAACUUCGGAGAUCCUCCUUGCGGUCAAGCAAGGUUUUACCAGGCCCUACUGAAUCCUUGGCAGCAAGCCUUCAGAGAGGCUUACAAAUAAUUGACUAUCACCAGAGGAACUUAGCAUUGAACAAGUCCUCAUCUUCCUUCUCAUUUGAACACUUGACCUUGACACCAUGUCCAGAAAGUGACAAGGUUGAUUCUUCUAUGCAAACAAUACAGGAGAAACCUAGUGAUAAUGCACUGUCUCUUUACUUUGUGCAUCUUGCCGGAGAAAAAUAUCUGAUCAAGAUUCCAUCGAGAAGUCGUCUUGGAAGCUGGAACAAGGUAGAGGCGAGGUCCAGUUUUACCAAUGAAGUGCUUGGCCAAUCAUCCGAGCAAGGUGAACUUCGGAGAUCCUCCUUGCGGUCAAGCAAGGUUUUACCAGGCCCUACUGAAUCCUUGGCAGCAAGCCUUCAGAGAGGCUUACAAAUAAUUGACUAUCACCAGAGGAACUUAGCAUUGAACAAGUCCUCAUCUUCCUUCUCAUUUGAACACUUGACCUUGACACCAUGUCCAGAAAGUGACAAGGUUGAUUCUUCUAUGCAAACAAUACAGGAGAAACCUAGUGAUAAUGCACAUGUCUCUUUACUUUGUGCAUCUUGCCGGAGAAAAAUAUCUGAUCAAGAUUCCAUCGAGGUUCAAGAUAGUUUGAAGUCAUCUCUUGACACAGUUGAAGAAGCAAGAUUUUCUGAUGGGCUGAUAGGUGAAGUUCCAAAGAAUUUGGAAAUUGUAACUGAAAAAUCCACCCAGAGGGAGAAGGAGCUUGAAGAUGUUUGUAAGGAGCAAGCAGUUACAAUUGAGCAGCUAAAUCAAUUGGUGGAGAAAUACAGAGGAGAAAGUGUAAGCGACAAAACAUGUGAAAUUAAAGAAGUUCAGGAAGAGUUAAAUCAAAGAGACUGUUCUUUUGAUGCUACUGAGAAGGAAGCACUUCUUAAGGAAAUUCAGAAUCUAAGAAGCAAACUGCAGUUGUGCAGUGAUACACCAGUUAAAAGGUCAACAGACAAGUUGAGAUCUUCAUUAAUAUCAAGAUCCAUACAACUGAGAAAAAGUGGUGUAUCUUCUUAUGAUAAUGGUGGCGAAGGGCUAGAAAAAGAAAGAGAAAGAUGGACUGAAACGGAGAGCGAGUGGAUUUGUCUCACAGAUGAAUUGAGGGUUGACCUUGAGUCCUACCGCCAGCGUGCAGAGAGGGUGCAGAUGGAACUGAAGUUAGAGAAGAAGUGCAGUGAAGAGUUGGAUGAUGCACUAAAAAGAUCGGUUCUUGGACAUGCAAGAAUGGUAGAACAUUAUGCUGAUCUACAAGAAAAAUAUAAUGACUUGGUUGCAAAGCACAACGCUAUAAUGGAAGGGAUAGCACAGGUUAAGAAAGCAGCAGCAAAAGCAGGAAAAAAGGGUCAUGCUCGCUUUGCCAAAUCUCUUGCCGCUGAGCUUUCCGCCUUAAGGGUGGAGAGAGAAAGAGAGCGAGACUUUUUGAAAAAGGAGAACAAGAACCUUAAGAUAUUACUUAGAGACACUGCAGAGGCUGUCCAUGCAGCGGGAGAACUACUUGUUAAACUCAGAGAAGCUGAGCAAGCUGCAACCGUUGCAGAGGAUAAUUUUCUGAAAGUACAAGAAGAGAAUGGAAAGUUAAGAAAACAAAUGGAGAAGCUCAAAAGAAAACACAAAAUGGAGAUGAUAACCAUGAAACAGUACCUUGCAGAUAGCAAAUUGCCGGAGUCUGCAUUGAAGCCACUAUACCGAGAGGAUUCGGACGUUGUCGACCACAAUCCCGAUGAUGACCAGGCAUGGAGAGUAGAAUUUGGUGCAAUCUAUCAAGAGCAUCUGUAGUCACCUAGUCGCUUACUGCUUGGCUGUUUGGUUUGAUUGGUUAGCAAUUCAUCACACAUGGCAGUGGGGUUGUGCAUAGUUUAGCUAUCUGGCAUCAGAUCCUACUUGGAUCAAAAUAAUUUUUUAUAGCUAUUAUAUUCUUUUUCUUUGUUAGAUAUUCUAUUUAUUGUUGUUUUCUUCUGUCUGUAUAAUGUGUGCAAUUACUGGUUUUCAUGGAGCCUAUAUCUACUUUACCUGUGAA